AUGGCCCCUGCAAGAUUAUCUCACGACCCGGUUCUUCGCCGAGAGCCAGCAGCAUCAAGUCGCGACUUCCAAGUCCGCAACUUAGAUGUAGAUCUUUGCGUUUGCGGUGGUGGUUUCGCUGGUACCAUUGCGGCAAUUGCUGCAGCAAGAAACAAUGUCAAAGUUAUCCUCAUCCAAGACCGUCCUGUCCUUGGAGGCAACGCAUCCAGCGAAGUUCGAUUGUGGAUUCUAGGAGCGACUUCUCACAUGUUCAAUAAUAACCGCUAUGCUAGAGAAGGAGGUCUCGUUGAUGAGAUACUGUUGGAGAAUUUGUAUCGCAAUCCUGAAGGCAACCCUCUGAUUCUAGACACUAUUCUCUUGGAAAAGGUUCGACUUGAGCCCAAUAUUCAGCUAUUCUUGAACACCGCACUGGUUGGGUGUGAGAAGGACGGCGACCGUAUCAGCUCUGUCAGCGCGUUCGCCUCUCAAUCAUCACUCAAGUUCAAUAUCCGAGCUGAGCAGUUCAUCGACUGUACAGGCGACGGUACGCUUUCUUUCCUGGCCGGUGCCCCGUUCAGGGUUGGCGCCGAGAAACGUGACGAAUUUGGAGAGCUUUUUGCACCAUCUUCAGAGUAUGGUCACUUGCUGGGUCACUCCAUUUACUUUUACACCAAGGAUGUCGGCAAGCCCGUCAAAUUUGUCGCCCCAUCUUACGCUCUCAAAGAUGUCGAGGCAGAAAUCCCACGGUUCAAAAGCUUCAGCACCAAGGAGAUGGGCUGCAAUCUUUGGUGGAUCGAGUAUGGUGGCAGACUUGAUACCAUUCAUGAUACUGAGGAGAUCAAGUGGGAGCUGUGGAAGGUUGUUUAUGGUGUUUGGGACUACUUCAAGAACUCUGGUCGCUUCCCUGAGGCGGAAAACCUGACACUUGAGUGGUAUUCCUACCUAUUGGGUCCUAAGAUGAUGGUUCAGCAGGAUGUCGUGGAGCAGAAGUUCCAUUCUGAUGCUGUCUCUUUUGGCGGCUGGUCACUUGAUUUACAUCCUGCCGAUGGUGUCUUUUCCGAGGUCGAUGGCUGCACCCAGUGGCAUUCCAAAGGUGUCUACCAGAUCCCGUUCUCCUCCAUGGUUUGCUCCGAAAUACCGAAUCUCAUGUACGGAGGCCGCAUCAUCUCAGCAUCUCAUGUUGCCUUCGCAUCCACACGGGUCAUGGCGACAUGUGGAGCCAACGCCAAUGCUUUGGGAAUUGCAGCCUCGUUAUGCAAGAAAAGAGCUAUUGAUCCUAUGAAACUACUCCAAAAGGCUGAGAUGAAGAAUUUCCAACUUGAGCUCAUGCGCUUUGGGCAAUUUAUCCCAGGGUAUAAGCUUGAGGACUCGAAGGAUCUCAUACGUUCAGCUUCAAAGAUUGAAGGCUCGUCUACUUUCGAACUCUCGAAACUGCCAGCCGAUGGGCCACCGAAAGUCUUGGUUAGAAGCCUUGCGCAGAUGCUGCCCAUAUCGCAGGGACCAGUCCCUAAAUUUUCCAUUACUGCCAUCUCAGUUGAAGCCACCGAUCUGACUGUCCAACUUCGAGGUUCUCAAAAGCCCUACAAUUAUACACCCGAGGUCAUCUUGGCUGAGAAACGAUUCUCACUUGAUCCGGGUGCAAAUGAUCUCAUCAUUGACUUCGAAAUGGAGAAUCCUCAAACGCAAUAUGUCUUCCUUGCUUUUAUGCAGAAUGAGGUUGUCGCACUCUGUACGAGCAAGACCCGUGUUUCGGCUCUCAUGACCGUCGAACACGAGUGUACACAGAGUCCACCUAGUGAUGUUGGCGUUGAUGAAUUCGAACGAUGGACACCUGUUAGGAGGCCAAUGGGCCAUAACCUUGCUUUGGGAUUGGAUCCACCCCUCAAGGCAUGGGGUGUUGAGAAUAUCCGCAACGGUGUCCCCCGUCCGACCAAGAGAACUAACUGCUGGGUUCCUUGCCCUGAUGCGUCUGGUAGAAAGCUGCUCAGAGUCAGUUGGUCCAAUCCAGUUGAAGUGAGCAGAGUGGUUGUAUGCUUCGAUACAGACUAUGAUCACGCCCUUGAAUCUGUCUUACGAGGUCAUCCGGAGAGAGCAAUUCCAUUUUGUGUUAAGAAAUGGCGACUCCUAGACCUUUCUGGAGGCGAACGAGAACUGUACAUUGAAGAUGACAACCACAUGUCGCGUCGCGAGGUGGUCCUUGACUCACGUAAGAAAUUGACAGAUCUUGGAGUGGAGAUCCUGGAGCUGAACGGGGGUUCAAAUGUUUUUGGUGGCAUAUUUGAAGUACGUGUAUAUGAAUAG